UCAGUCCAGUGAUGGUUGCCGGCUCUGAUGGAUGUGAGUUCCAAGUGUAUUUAUCCACGUACAGCACAGCACAUGGUCCAGCUCUCUCGGGGGAGAACCGUUUAGUGAAUAUUUGUUGAUUCAGUAAAUUAUCGGUUUUGCGUUGCUAUAAAUUUGAGCGAUUAGCAGACAGCUAUCUCGGAGGAAGUACACAAAAUUGGAGUGAUUCGUGUUCCCAUUGAAGGUGAUCCCCGGGUGAACCGUUAAAAGUGGAUCACGCUACUCCAAAAAUGCUAAAAUUCAGCGGUUCCAACUGGUUCGCGAAGCCCCACUCGCGGAAGAAAACCAACGGAGCCAAACCGCAGCAGGCAUCGGUGAGCUUUGCCGAUCCAGAGGUUCCGGAAGUGCCUCCGAGAACUCAUCGCCGGAAGGGUCGCUCGAGUCCGGCGGCCACUAGUCCCUUGGACCAGCGGCACCAGGUGCAGUUCCAGCAGCAGGUCUCGUGGGACAGCGAGUCGAGCACGGUGACCGAGAGUUUAGGCGGGGACAGUCUCUUCUCCCGACAGAGUAGCUUCCGGCAGAGUGUCGCCAGCAGUGCCAGCAGGAGGCCACCACAGCCGUUGUCGCGACGAGCCCGCAAAAUCAUGGCCGAUACCGAGAAGGAGGAAGCGGUCAACUUGCAGGUGGAGUUUGAGUGGGUUCUUCACGAGGAGGUUCAUUCGGUGCUGAAGCAGCUGCACGCCAUCCUGGUCGAGUGUGCGCACCGGUUUCCGGUGCCCCUGUACGGGAACGAGGGCAAGAAGCAGGACAAGUUCAUCCUGACGGCGGCUCCCGAGCAGCUCAAGUGCGUGGUCACGUUGACCGGGGACAGCAUCACGCAUGCGGAUAUCAACUUUAAGGUCCAACGGCAGCAGCAGCAAACCCAGCGGACCACAAUCACCCAGGACUAUCCGUGGAAGAUCCAGCAGGUGCAGGACGCCGCCAACCAUCUUCAGCAAGCAAUAAACCACAUCGACAAUGUGGACGGUUCGUACCACUUUAAGACCUCGGACGAGGUGCUGCACAUCCUGGGCAACAUUCUGGGGGCGUUGCAGCGGGGCCGGACAUCGCUGGUGGUGCCCCGGAAGAAGCCCAUCGACGAGCUGAUGAAGAGUCGCAACAUGAAGGCACUGUCGCCGAACCUGCCGGAAGAUCUGGCCAUCAGCUUUUACAUCCAGAGCCACAAGUUGAUCUUUGUGGCGUACCAGCUGACCAAUUUCCAGGGCACGAUGAAGUUCGACUCGUGCCAGGCGGAGUGUUCGGUGCCGUGGCUGAACGAGGUGCUGGUGCUGUUUACGGUGGCGCUGCAGCUGUGUCAACAGUUGAAGGAUAAGAUUUCAGUAUUCUCGCAGUACAAGGACUUUACUGUUGGCUCGCGGUCCGCCUCGGCGCUGUCCUACUGACUGGAGGCCUCUCCGGCCACGGAAGUCCUACUGCCGUGCCGGGCUUAAGGGUAACGGAGCCGGCUUUGAACCCGCACGCAUCGCAUCGUUCAUCCACCAUCGCACAUCCGCUUCUAGUGAAAUCACGCAAAAACAAGUUCGUCGUCAAACCUGGUCCAGGAGCGAGGGCGCGCAAAAUCGACCGUUGUUGAAAAUAUUGAUGUUUGUUAACUACUAUAAAUUACUCGUGUUGUUAUCAUGGAUAAGGAGCCACGCUCUGCGGCGGAUGAUUCAUCGAACCAUUGGGAGAAUUGAUCGACGUCCCCGAAAAACGAGUCACGCGUGGAAUACAA